AUGGACUUGAAUAAGCUGUCAGACAUUUCAAUUUGGGACGUGCGCAACGUCUACAACAAGGUGAAGAAUGUUGUAAUGAACCUGACCGAGAUGGAAAUCAAGGUCAACGAGGCCACGGGUCCUGAGCCCUGGGGCGCCUCCAGCACGCUCAUGAUGGAAAUCGCGGAGGCAACACACCGCUCGCAGGCCUUCAGCGAGAUCAUGCCGGCCAUUUACAUGCGAUUCAAUGACACUGACCCGUCGAGCUGGCGCCAGGUCUACAAGGCGCUGCAGCUGCUCGAGUACCUCGUACGCAACGGCUCUGAACGCGUUAUCGACGACGUGCGUGGCCACAUCACGAUUAUCAAGAUGCUGCGCAACUUCCAUUACAUUGACGACAACGGAAAAGACCAGGGCAUCAACGUGCGCCAGCGGUCAAAGGAGCUGCUGGACCUGGUGAAUGACAGCGAGCGGGUGCGCGAGGAGCGUAAGAACGCCAAGACCAAUCGCAACAAGUACAGCGGGUACUCGGGCGGUGGAAGCAUGGAGGGCUUUGGCAGUAGCCGGGGCGGGUUUGGGAGUACUGGCGGGGGUUCUGGCGGUAGCCGGAGUGGGUUUGGGAGCAGCUCAGGCGGGAACGAGUCAAGCUCGCAACGCUCGGGUUCAGAGUCUGUGGCAAAUUCCCGAUCUGGCCGGUCCUCAGCCAAGCCCCUGAAAUCUGCGACAACCCCUGUGCGUGAAAAGACCCUGCCAAAGCCUGCCGAGCCCGUGGUUGCCGAUCUGUUUUCGUUCGAUGAUGAUGUUGAUGCGUCGCCUGCAGUUCCUGCGCUUGGUGCAGCUUUGGUUGCCCCUCCAUCCGCUGCACCGGCCACCACCAAUGCACUGGCCGAUGACUUUGGUGAUGACUUUGGCGACUUCCAGGGUGGGUUUUCUUCUGCUCCCCAGCCUGCUGCUGCUCCUGCGGCCCCCACUGCUCGUGCUGGUGGUGGUAUGGACCUAUUGGGCGGUGAUGAUCUGCUCUCUGGGUUCCAGCCUCUGUCAGCAUCGUCGACAGCAGCCACUGCUGGAUCUUCCCAGCAAACAUUCGGUGAUUUUACUGGUAUGUCGCAGGUAUCUACACUACUGCAGCCUGUGAAUUCCACGCCUGCGAAACCUUCGCCUGCAGUGCCUGCAGUGACGUCGCCUACCCCCUCAAGCGGCAGCAAGAGCGGUGCAGCCAAAUCAGAUGCAUUCAGCGACAUCUGGGGAGCCAACUCAGACCUCCUGUCGCUUGACUCGCUGUCGCUGUCCAACACAAAGGGCAAGGGCGCAGCGGACCAGAAGCCAAAGUUCUCGAUGAACCAGCUUGCAAACCAAAACAAGUUUGGCGGCAUCUAG